GUUUCUUUUAUAAAUAUGUGCUCGAGGCUUAUCUUUCUGUGUUUGAGCGAGUGAGCUUAUGUGGUAUUAAAAGUGUGCGGCGUAAGUGAUGAAGGCAGAGUGAGAGAGAGAGAGAGAGAGAGAGAGACAAUACACAGAGAUAUAAUCAGAGUGAGGGAGAAAAUGAGACGGGGGAUGUGUGUGGUUGGGGAUGGUUAUCUCCCUUCUACUGUACAUCUGGUCCACAGGCAACAAAAGCUGAUAUUUAUUUAUUGUGGAGACACGGCAACAAGAUCAAGUAACGGCCAUUGCUUCACUGAUUGCUCUGUUACAACGUAACUGUGUACAAACUCACCAGUUAACAGCUGUAUGUCACCAAGCUUUUGCUGUAGCAAUGUAAUCUACUGAGAAUGGAGUAGAACCAACUGGUGUGUUCAAGAAAAAAAAAGCAUGGCACUUGGCAAGCGUGUACAAAAUGUUGCCGUAUUUGUUAUGAUUAGAAUCUGCAUCACCGGAGCUUCGUCACGAAGAUGCAGUAAUUGGCUGCUUUGGGGCCUAUGUAGGUCGUUACCAUGGAGAUGCUAACCGUCAACCCCCACCAAUCAGCCAGUGUCAGCGACACGUCUGGAGAGGGCAAAUGUGCAGACUUGAAUUACACCGCGAGGAAUAGCCAGAUGCUCGCUCCUGUAAGGGAUGCGGGACUAACUAAGAGAUCUGGGUCAGCUGACUUUGGUAGCACCGAAAUCACGUGUUUCUACACAGGUCCAGAGAGCAAGCACAACUCCGAGGGCGAUAUGGCCGGAUUUGAGAUGCCCAAAAUCAAGCUCAGCCCCGUCAAUCAAUCUGAAAUGACCAGUAAGUGCUUAAGGCUUGACACAACCGCUUUCACCCAUCCUAGCUCCCCAUCGUUAGAUCCUCCUGCUUAUUCACCAGAGCCCACUGCUCCGGCUUCUGCGCCUGGGAGCACCUGGCACACUGCAGCUUCCGGUGGAUACAUACGGACGUCUUUCCCAGGGAUGGAUUCUUUAAGCGGAAUCGGAAGUAUGGCCGCCCCAUCGGGUGGCGGUGAUGCUGAUGGUGAGGACGCCGAGCAGAGGCUGAUGAUGGGCCCGGCUCGAAGACUUCUUGACGACGCCUUUACUCUCAGGAUUAGAAAGAGAACAAUGAAUACGUCACUUCAGGUGAAAGUCUACAACUUCUUGGAGAGGCCUACUGGAUGGAAGUGUUUUAUCUACCAUUUUACUGUGUUUAUGAUGGUACUGAUCUGUUUAAUAUUUAGUGUUUUAUCUACCAUUGAGCAGUACACCAACUUCGCUAAUCAGACUUUAUUUUGGAUGGAGAUUGUUUUGGUUGUUUUCUUCGGUCUGGAGUAUGUCAUAAGACUUUGGUCUGCCGGAUGCCGGAGCAAGUACAUGGGAAUGCGAGGCCGAUUCAGAUUUGCCAGAAAGCCCAUCUCUAUUAUAGACUUUACCGUGGUUGUGGCUUCCAUUGUGGUUCUUUCUGUUGGAUCGAACGGACAGGUGUUUGCCACCUCGGCCAUCAGGGGUGUCCGUUUUUUGCAGAUUCUUCGCAUGCUGCAUGUUGAUCGACAAGGCGGCACUUGGCGGUUACUGGGGUCAGUGGUCUACAUCCAUAGACAGGAACUCAUCACAACUCUCUACAUUGGCUUCCUUGGCCUGAUAUUUUCGUCCUACUUUGUCUAUCUGGCGGAGAAAGACUCUGGUUCAGACUUCAAUAGCUAUGCAGACGCUCUGUGGUGGGGCGUGAUUACAGUGACUACCAUUGGUUAUGGAGAUACAGUUCCCCAAACAUGGAUGGGUAGAAUUGUAGCUUCAUGUUUCUCUGUCUUUGCUAUUUCCUUCUUUGCGCUGCCAGCAGGAAUUCUGGGAUCUGGAUUUGCCCUAAAAGUUCAACAGAAACAAAGACAGAAACAUUUUAACCGCCAGAUUCCAACAGCUGCUUCUUUGAUUCAGUGUUUGUGGCGUUGCCAUGCAGCUGACCCAAGUUUCAACUCUACAGCCACUUGGAAAAUUCACAUUCAGGAAAAAAACUUCAAGAAUUAUUUUAUGAAUCACUCUACCUCUUCGUCUGCAUUGUCCAGGAUGGCCAGAAAGGCAAGUAUGUUGAAGAAAAGACGGAGUGUCAGAAGUUCACUAGGCAGUGGGCUGGAAAGGCAAGAAAGCAUGACAUCCCUCACAGGGCAAGACAUCAGUAACCACAACCGCUUCCCAGGAAAACCAUCCUUAGAGAUGGCUGAUGAAGAUGACUAUGAUGACAUGAUCUACAAGCCUGAGCAGCUGACAGAUGGCCAUAAAGCCAUGAUACGAGUAAUCAGAAGAAUUAAAUUUUUUGUAGCAAGAAGAAAAUUUCAGCAAGCACGUAAACCAUAUGAUGUUCGAGAUGUGAUUGAACAAUAUUCUCAAGGUCAUUUGAACAUGAUGGUUAGGAUUAAAGAACUACAAAGAAGAUUGGAUCAAACAAUUGGCAAGCCUGCAUAUUAUGGUAAUAUAAGAGAUAAAGAGAAAUUGACUUUGUGCUCCAGGAUAGGCAGAAUAGAAACUCAGAUUAACAAGAUGGAUCUGAAGCUGGAUCAAACAAUUGUGCUCCUCAACAUCCUAGUUCAUCAGCAGAAACAUCCAACUCCUAGUGAAGAUACUUCUCCAGAAACACUAGAAAACUCCUAGCAUUUAGCUCAGCACAAUGGACACUGUUACAUCAUGUUGUCACUGCUUUGUGCAAUAUUCUUCAAUUAUAAGCACUUGCAUUGUGAAAUGUUUAGUAUGUAAACCAUAUAAAAAAAAAAUUUCAUACCUCAAAUGUAAAUAUAUGCUGCAGCCACAAAGACUUCAUGGAUCUAGACAUGUCACCACAGUUGUGUGUGUGUCUAGACCUGCUGCCUCAAAGACUUGCAGACUUUGUGUAUGGACCUGCUACCACAAUUAUAUUCAGACCUGGUGGAGCUAGACCUCUUUUCUUAAAUACAUGUUUCUAGACCUGCUGUGGCAGUUGCACCCUAACUUGUAGUUUAACUAGCUAUCACAAUGGCACAGAGACCUUAGUGACCUCUUUGGUCAAUACUUGCCACAAUAAAUACACACUGUUCUCAAUGAAUGAAAUUUGCUGGCACAACAUUUGUCUAUGAAAGCCGGCUUCAUUUUAGUAUUUGGCCAAAUUACAGGUUUUCAUUGUCAUCUGGAUUAUUAGAAGAGCAAUAUUUGAUUUGAUACAUGGCAUCAUUGUCGAGUAGAAGGUAAGACAAUGUCAACAAAAUAUCUCCUGCCUUUAAGAAUGUUCCUAAAUGUGUAGACUCAGAAAAACAUUCAACAAAGUUAGGACCAUAUACUUUUUGUGUGUGCAUUUUUGUAAAUCUGCUAAUGGGACCAAUUCUGUAAAGUAUGUAUUUAUGUAUAGUUUAACUACUGCAUCAAUUUACAUCCCCUUUCUAUUUUAAAUUAAGUUUUUUGACAAAGCAGCAGCAUUUGAAAAUGAAUACAAAUAAUUUGGUUUCUACAUGACAUUCGAGGGAACAAAUGCUAACAAGUACAAUGUAUUGGGCUAAUUAGUAAUGUAGCUGUAUUACAUACUGACCACUUAGUGUACCUUUGUAUUGGCCUAGUUAUUUCAUUUAUACUAGUGCAGACAUUCAUUCAAUGCUAAUAUCUUGUGUGUAGAAAUAUUUAUUUCCACUUUAGGGGUCACUGGGAGGCACGGUGACUGAGCAGUAAAGAGCUUGGCUUCCAAACCGGGGAUCUGGGGUUUGAAUCCUUAUGAAGACUAAGAUAUUUUAUUUCAGGAUCUUUGGGCGCCUCUGAGUCCAUCAAGUUCUAAUGGGUACCUGAAAUUAGUUGGGGAAAAGUAAAGGCGGUUGGUCGUUGUGCUAAUCACGACACCCUUGUUAACCGUAGGCCACAGAAACAGAUGAGCUUUACAUGCCCUAUAGACCUCAAGGUCUGAAAAGGGAACCUUACGUACUUAGGGGUCAUUGUGGCUGAGUGGUUAAGCACUUGGUUUGCAAACCUGAGGUCCUGUUUUGAAUCUCCUCGAAGACAGGAUUUUUAGGGUGCCCCUGAGUCCACCCAGCUCUAAUGGGUACCUGACUUAAGUUGGGGGAAAGUAAAGGUGGUUGAUAGUUGUGCUAACCUUUGGUCAAAGAAGCAGAUGACCCUAACAUCAUCUGCCUUAUAGAUCACAAGGUCUGAAAGGGGAACUUUACUAUUUCUACUUUAAAAAAGUGAUAACAGAAAUUGUUUUCAUAUGUAUUUAUGCUAAUUUAUAAAAAUAGCUAGAAAGAAAGAGUGAAAUUGAUUUUAAAAGAAAAUGAGAAGGGGCUUUUGUGUUUCAAGUUUCAUCCACCUUGCUUACUUGAUAUUAGAAAAAAAAAUGUUUGUGACAAAAUUAGUUUUCUUCAUGUUAAAUAUUGUGAGAAAGGAUUUAUUGCAUCAUGUGUUGAAAAUAACUGCCUUUCAAUUUAUAUUAAAAUAUUUACUGAAAAAAAAUAAUUCUGUAAUAAAAUGACUUGCAAUGAUAAAGUUUUCUUAUCAAUAGUCACCAUUUUUUAAUUGAAUAACUUUUAUUUCCCUUAGCAUUUAUGUAUCCUUGUGGUAUUAAGUGCAAUUGCCUCUAAAUUUAAAGGGUCUAGUCUUUGACUCAUUUAGUGGCUGAGUGGUAAAACAGUUUGACUCAUUUAGUGGCUGAGUGGUAAAACAGUUUAACUCAUUUAGUGGCUGACUGGUAAAACAGUUUGACUCAUUUAGUGGCUGAGUGGUAAAACAGUUUGACUCAUUUAGUGGCUGAGUGGUAAAACAGUUGGCUUUCAAACCAAGGCUGAAGGCGUCUUGGGCUCAAAUCUUUGUGAAGACUUGGUUUUUGAAUUUCAGGAUUUUUAGGAUGCCCCUAAGUCAGCCCAACUUUAGUAGGUACCUGGCCUAACUUGGGGAUUGUAAAGAUGGUUGCUUGUGAAGGCAAAUAGACACUGCCUGCCUUAGACAUCUUACAUCAUAUGCCUUUAUAUCCUGAAGUCUGAAAGGGGUACCAGAUUAGAAGGAGAUGAUGUUUAGAAGGCUCCUAAUAUUUACACUUAGGGACAAAGUGAGGGAUUUGCAGAGGAAAUCUGUUUUAAUUCUUAUAGUGUUCUUUUAGCAUGUCAGUAGUAUUCCUAAUAUUUAUUAUGAGAAAGAUAAUAUCACUUGCACUCAUAUGCAAUUUUGGAGUAAACACAGUCAAGCUUUUUAAAAUUCACAUGAUAGAUAGAUGCACCUCCUUCUUAAUAGAAGACAAUAUUUAUUGAGAAUUAUAAGAAAUCAAAAGUGUAUAAUUUUAUUUAAUAUAUAUUUACCACUAAAAAUAAUAUAUGUAAUUAUUAAACUCUAGUAGGUAACUACAAUGUAAGGGCUUACACUUUGUAUGUAUAUAUAUUUAGCCUUGUUAUUUACGAGUUUGUUUUGUUUAUUCCAUCACACUAUCUCUCCAUUGUUAUUUUGUUUAUUCAUAUUAUCAAACUCCUGACUGGUUGUGAUAUUUCCUUUAAAACAUUUUAUCAUUGGAUGUAUGUGACAGAAUAGACUUUAUGUUGUUCUUUUAACAUCCACAUUGACCUGCAAUUGUCAUUAUGUUUUUGUUCAUCCAAUUAGUAUUUGGUCGGACAAAUUUUACAGCCUUAUGUUGUAGGUUGUCAAUUUUUUUCAUUAACCUUUAUGAGAUGACGUGGCCAAUCUAUCAGCCCCUGUCAGGUUUGGCGAAAAAGACGAAAGGAUGUGAUGGUUCCAACCACAAAGAUUGGCUAGCCAGUGUCUGUAACAGCCAAUCAGAUUAAUUCUACUAUUUUUACACAUUGGCGAAUGGCUGCUUCCUUCACUGUUUUUAUAAUUUUUUUGUAUUAAUUUUUUGAAGUUAGCUAGUACUAGGUGUCAACAUUGCUGAGGGUGAAAUCGAUGAUAGCAAAUGCACUAACUCUGAUUUUAGUGACUCUGAUAGCUCUAAUAAUAAUCUAGGCAGUAUUGAGGAGGGCUUUCCCUACACUAGUACUAGAUCUAGUAGUGUUGACGAUACCCAUCCAUGAUAACAUGGUUUAGAGUUAGGGUUGAGGAAUUGGAUAGAAGAGAAGACCUGUAAAAAUGCCAGAGGGAUUAGCACCCAGUAGACUUUUAUGCUUUUUUUUUUUACUAUCAUUUAAGCUCAGAUAUUAGGUUUGUCAGGGAGACUAAUAAAAAUGCUAACUUUCUGACCAACAAACAUUUCACAAGAAGAUCCCUGGGUAAUAAAUAUAAAUAGGUGGCUGUCACUGUGGCCAAAAUGAAGGUGUUUGUUUCCAAUAUACUAGGGUGGGGAGUAGUAGAAUAAUGUGACAGAAUUAUCUCUAUUGGCCUUGUUUUCCCAAACACAAGUAUUAGGACUUAUUCAGGCCUAAAACUUCUUUAAACAAUCUUACAUGUUUUAUUCUGUUCUGUUUUGAAAAAAAUUUUGUUUGUAAAUUUGUAUGCAUAAAUUAUGCAAAUUAGCUUGGCUUUAAAAAAAACAAUGUUGAUAUUUCUGUUGGAUUUUCUAAGUUUAUAUUUGUUCAUUCAUUUCUCUACAAUAAUAUUCAUAUAGUUUUGUGUAUGUAAAGUAAUUAGUUUAUUUGUUAUGAUUUUUUUUUUUUGUAAAAGUGUUCAGUUUGUAAAAAGUGUUCCGUCUUUUUGGCACCAAAUGUGCUAAACGGCACCGUCUGAAAAGGGUUAAAUAUAAUUAAUUUUUCUUAUUUGAUUGAAGGUAUUUUAAGCACUAGACUCCAAUUUGUCAAUGACAAGAAAAAUAAUAUUGUAUUGAACUGUAAAAAAAUAAAUAUAUUUAUUUUAAGAAUGUUGAGAUAACUGUAGAGUGACAAAAAUAAUUUUUGAUUGGGAUUGUAAGUUGUUUAAAAUGACAGCGAACUGAUUACAAGUGACAAACUAAUGUGUGACAAAACAUCAAUUAUUCAGAAUCACUAAUUAAUUUGUGUUGAUUUGAGUGUUUCAAUGGAAGUAGGACCAAAGCGUAAGCACGUUUAAUUCAAAUAUUUGUUGUAUUUAUUGGUUGUUUGUUUAGAGUUUUAUGCUACGAGAGGAAGAUAAAACUUAGAUUUUUA